AGGGUCUUGACAAUUCACAACCUACUGCUACAAGUUUAAAGGAUGCAAAAACAAAGAUACUGGAUAACUCAAUAGCACAAAUGUUGUCAACCCAAAUACAACUCAACACAAAGGUUUCUAGACUUCAAGAUGAGUUAACACAGAUGAAUGAAAAUAUAGAAGACAAAAUGAAAGUAACAGAAAGUAAUUUAGAAAUGGAGAUUAAAGAAAGUAAUGAAAACAUACAUAUUUUAUAUGAACGACUGAAUACCAAGGAAGAACAAAGGGUUGAAAGAGAUUUAAAAGAAUUUCAGAAUUGGCAACAGCUUCUUGCUUCAAAAUUCACUAGUAUGGAAACCAUUGUCAAGGAAAGUGAAAAGAAGAAAGAAGCAGUAGAAAAAAAUGUGAGCUCAUUUUUCAGUCAGAUUCAAGAUUAUGUUGGCAAACAUAGAAAAAGAAUAGAAGCACUUGAACACACAUCUGACGGUUUUGAUGAAGCACUUCACGAAGUACAGGAAGAUGUUGACAGCAUAAGAGCGACCACAGAAUGCAUAAAGGCAGAAAUAAAAAAACAAGAUGAAGAUCAUAUUCCGAAGAACAUUCGAGCUCAACAUGGACAAGAAAUAAAAGAAUGGGAGGAAGAGGAGACUACCUUUGUCGAAACAAGAGCCACACUUCACAUACUGGGAUCUUUGCCCUUAAAUAACUGUAUUAUUGUGACAGGGAGCUCGGGCUGUGGAAAAUCGUCAAACAUACAUUAUGCUGCAUUACACUUACGUGACAGUUUUGAGUAUGAGAUAAUACCUGUUUUAACAGGACCAACGGACAUUAUGAAUUAUUUUAAUGAAAACAAAAAACAAGUCUUUGUUGUUGAUGACAUCUGUGGAAAGGAAACAAUCAACAGACAGACGUUACACACAUGGAGAGAUGCAUCAGACUACAUGAUGAAAAUAUUUAAAAUUGCAGAAAAUGAUGUUGCAAAUAAAAAUGAAGACACUGUUUCAAAAAUAACAAGUCCAAAAUUAUUGAUUACUUGUAGACUGCAUAUAUAUAAAGAUUCACAGUUUAAAGGAUUCACAUCACUAACACAAAAAGAAUGCAAUUUACUAUCACCAGAGUUGUGUCUUCUGGAAGUGGAAAGGAUGAUUAUGCUGCACCAGUACCUUCCAAAUGAUAUAAUUGACAAUGUUAAACAUGUCAUAGAUAACGUUGAUUUCUUUCCCUUGCUUUGUAAAAUGUCAAAAGACAAAACAUCUGAAGAAGUCAAGAAACUUUUUACAGCUCCUUUAAACAGUAUUAAAGAUAACAUAAACAAUAUCAUUAAUGAAAACAAAAAUCAAUUCUGUGCUCUUGCUCUGUGUAUCUUAUUUGACGGUGGAUUCGAUACAAUUUGGUUAACAUCAAGAUCACCUUCAGAAUUGAAGGACAAAAUUGAAGACAUUGUUAAAGAAUUUGACAUAAACCUUUCCAAAGAGUUGCAUAGAAAUUCUUUAAAAUUAGGUUUUUCUACGUUAAAUGGCACCUAUUUAACAAUGAGAGGCACGGAGUAUAGAAUUGUUUCAUGACAAAAUCUAUAAAAUUGCAGCUUUAAUCUGUGGCCAGAGUCUGACAGAAUGUUUUAUCAAAAAUGCUUCUUCGGUUUUUAUUCGUGAUCAUUUCAUCUUUGACUCAUCGGAAAAUCAUGAAAAUGAUGUUUCAAUUGUACUCAUGGAACAUCAGGAAGAAGUCUAUUUGGAUAGACUGUUAUAUGACUUAAUAGCGUUUGACAUUACUAGUACAUUCCAUAAUCAACAGUUAAUAUAUAAGUCGUUUAUUGGUAGGCUAAUAAGCUUUUUUGAAAGGAGUGAUGAUGCAAAACUUGUAUUGAAGAACAUUGAUAAAGAAGGUGGAAAAGUAAAAAACGACCAUGAAUUUCACCGUCAUUUCGAGCACCUCAUAAGUACUACACCUUUAAUAGAAGCAGCAUCAGGUGGUAACUUUGAUAUUGUAAAGUUUUUAAUUCUUAAUGUAAAAUGUAAUGUGAAUAACACAGACGGAGUAAACAGAUCUUCUUUACAUAAGGCAUCUCAAAGCGGACAUUCUUAUAUUGUCAAACUUUUAUUAGAAAACGAUGCGGAUGUCUCUCAGUGUAACACUUUUGGAGAGUCUCCGUUGUAUGUGGCAUGUCAAGAAGGACAUACAGAUAUAGUAGAUCAAUUACUCCAGAACAAAGCUGAUGUCUCUCAGUGUAAUCAUGUUGGAGAGUCUCCAUUGUAUGUGGCCUGUGAAGGAGGACAUACAGAUAUUUUAAUACUAUUACUUCAGAACAAUGCUGAUGUCUCUCAGUGUAGAUUUGAUGGGGAAUCUCCAUUAUGUGUGGCCAGUAAACGAGGACAUACAGAUACAGUGAAACUGUUAAUGCAGAACAAUGCUGAUUUCUAUCAGUGUAAUCAUCUUAAUCAGUCUCUAUUAUAUGUGGUCAGUAAAAAAGGAGAUACAGACACAGUAAAACUGUUACUGCUGAAAAAAGCUGAUGUAUCUCAGUGUUCCGUUGAUAGAGAAUCUCCAUUGUAUGCUGCCAGUGAAGGAGGAAAUACAGAUACAGUGAAGCUUUUACUGCAGAACAAUGCUAAUGUUUAUCAGUGUAAUCUGUAUGGACAGUCUCCAUUAUAUGUGGCCAGUAAAGGAGGACAUACAGAUACAGUGAAGCUUUUACUGCAGAACAAUGCUAAUGUUUCUCAGUGUAAUCUGCAUGGACAGUCUCCAUUGUAUGUGGCCAGUAAAAGAGGACAUACAGACACAGUAAAACUGUUACUGCUGAAAAAAGCUGAUGUAUCUCAGUGUUCCGUUGAUAGAGAAUCUCCAUUGUAUGCUGCCUGUGAAGGAGGACAUACAGAUACAAUGAAGCUUUUACUGCAGAACAAUGCUAAUGUUUCUCAGUGUAAUCUGUAUGGACAGUCUCCAUUGCAUGUGGCCAGUAAAGGAGGACAUACAGAUACAGUGAAACUGUUACUGCUAAACAAUGUUGAUGUUUCUCAGUGUAAAGAUGAUGGACAAUCUCCAUUGUAUGCUGCCAGUGAAGGAGGACAUACAGAUACAGCGCAAGUGUUACUUUAGAACAAUGCUGAUGUAUAUCAUUGUAAUAAGAAAGAUGAGUCUCCAUUGUAUGUGGCCAGUGCAGGAGGAUAUACAGAUACAGUAGAUCUGUUACUCCAGAACAAUGCUGAUAUCUCUCAAUGUAACUUUGGUGGAAAAUCUCCAUUGUAUGUGGCCAGUGAAGGAGGACAUUCACAUACAGUGAAGCUGUUACUGCAGAACAAUGCUGAUGUCUCUAAAGGUAAUUCAGAUGGACAGUCACCAUUGUAUGUGGCCAGUGAAG